AUGUGUAUUUUUUUAUUAAACGUCAACGCUUAGAAGUAUGCAGCAAUUUUUCUCAACAGUUGAACGGAAGGAGCUGAAAAUAAAAAGUUUACAUAUUUGAUCGUUUGUGCAAUAAAUUAAAAACUGUUGAAAUGCUAACGGAUACAGAUGAUGAUUUCUUCUUUGAAGAGGAUAAAAUUAAAAACAUAAGAUCGGAGCCAGUCGCCACUACCCCACUGUUGCUCAGCGAAAAUUCUUCGCUACCGGAAAAGCAGCAACCGCCAGAGAAGCAGCAGAGUGAGCUAAAUGUAGAUGCCGCCACUUUUGAUUUCGAGAUAGAAUUGGUGGUGGACACCGAAGACAGUACGAUGGCUGGCAAUAAUGAUGAUGCUGUGGCAACUAAUGUUGUUAUACCCUUUCUGGGCGAACGUUUAAAUGAGUUCGAUAGGCAGAAAUUUGAGUUAGAGCGACUGGGCAUGACGGUGACAACGAGUUCGGUGGUAAUUACAAAGGAUCAAAGCAAUCUGAUAGGAAUCAGCAUUGGAGGCGGCGCACCACUAUGCCCCUGCCUUUACAUAGUGCAAGUCUUUGAUGGCACACCAGCUGCACGCGAGGGCUCACUACAAAGCGGCGACGAACUGUUAGCUGUGAACUCGGUGAGUGUGAAGGGUAAAACCAAAGUUGAAGUUGCCAAAAUGAUUCAGGCAGCCACCACAAAUGUCAUCAUACACUACAACAAAUUGCAUGCUGAUCCAGAGCAAGGCAAAUCGCUUGACAUUAUACUCAAGAAAUUGAAACAUCGCAUUGUGGAUAAUAUGUCCAGCAACACGGCGGACACAUUGGGUCUCUCACGUGCCAUACUCUGUAAUGAUUCGUUGGUGAAGCGACUCGAGGAGCUUGAGGGCACCGAGUUAAUGUAUAAAGGUUUGGUGGAGCAUGCACGACGUAUGCUAAAGGCAUAUUACGAUCUACUGCAGACAUAUAAGGCUUUUGGCGAUUGCUUCACGCAGAUUAGUGCACGUGAGCCACAGCAGCGCGCCUCCGAGGCGUUUCGCAUGUUUGGUGAGUUCCACCGUAACUUGGAAAAAGAUGGACUUAAUAUAAUAAAACAAAUAAAACCCGUCCUCUCCGACUUGGGCACGUACCUGAAUAAGGCGAUACCGGAUACCAAAUUAACGGUACGGCGUUACGCCGAUGCGAAAUUCACUUAUCUGUCAUACUGUUUGAAAGUGAAAGAAAUGGACGAUGAGGAGCACAGCUUCGCUGCUUUACAGGAUCCACUGUAUCGUGUUGAAACGGGUAACUAUGAAUACAGACUGAUAUUGCGUUGCCGACAGGAUGCGCGUAAUAAAUUUGCCAAAUUGCGUACGGAUGUAUUGGAGAAGAUGGAAUUGUUGGAGUGCAAGCACGCGACAGAUUUAAAUAAGCAAUUGCGUAGUCUACUCGACAGUUUGGCACAACUGAAUCGUUCCGUGGUGGAGCGUAUAGAAGCGCUGCCGCCACUUUUCCCCAUUGAGGUUGACUUCAAGGAAACUGAUUUUGAAUAUAAAUCGAGUACGUUGAAACCACAAGAGCUAGAUGAAGAGGAGGACGAACAGACUAUCGCACGCUCUGAAGCCAACACUUUGCGUGCGUCAAAUACAGAAGUUGUUUGCGGCUUGGAAGCUGUGGAAGCGCCAGCACCGGUUAUAAAUAUACAACAAAAAUUGAACCUAAUAGACGAACUGGACACGACAAAUGAUCAAUGCAUGGAAAGUAAUGAAACGUUACUUAAAGAGUUGGGUCUAUUUGGGGUGGAUCUUAUGACCAAUCCACAAACUUUGACAAAUCAGAAAGAUUCGGUGGCCGCGCAAAAUGGUGCUUAUGACUUUGAUUUGUUCCUAAAUCAAACUGCGGCAACAACGACCCAAUUGGAACAGGAUUUGAUGUCAGCGAACGCGUCAGAAACAGACUUGCUGUUGCAGUGAACUAGCGAGGAGAAACUUUCACGAGUCCUUCAAGUAGAAACCUUUGCUAGGUUAUGAAGUACGGAGCUCCAAGCACUGGCUGAUAGUUAAACGGUGCAAAGAAAUUUGAUCGGAAGAGGUGAUGUCUUUGUAUAUUCGUGUGUAUGUACAUAUAUCUUUAAUAAAUUAGUUAAUAUACUAAACCAAUAUGAAUCAAUGAA